AUGAAAGUACUCUGUGUGGCCGAGAAGCCUUCGAUAGCCAAGGAGGUCACCAGUGUUCUCAGCGGAGGGCGCCUGACGCGACGGGACUCUCGUUCCAAGUACAAUGCCAACUUUGACUUCAAAUUCACCUUCCCCGGCCAUGGCUUGUGCGAUGUCACCAUGACCUCAGUCACCGGCCAUAUCACAUCCAUGGACUUUCCCGCCGAGUACGCGUGGGGAAGAGUCCCUCCAGGGCGUCUCUUGGAUGCCCCGGUCAAAAUUCAGCCCGACAAGUCUAAACUCGCCAUCCACCAGAACAUUGCCAACGAGGCCCGAUCUGCUAACUACCUAAUGAUAUGGACCGAUUGUGAUCGUGAAGGCGAGGCCAUUGGGUACGAGAUCUUGGAGGCUGCCAAGAAGGGUAACACCCGGUUGUCUCUCUCGUCGGUGUGGAGGCCUCACUUCUCCCAUUUGGAGAAGAAUCAUAUUCUCUCUGCUGCUCGAAAUCCCCAGAACUUGAACAUGAAGACGGUGGAAGCGGUGCAUUGCCGACAGGAGGUCGACCUACGGGUUGGGGCCAGUUUCACACGGCUCUUGACCGAUAUUCUCAGAAGAAGCAAGCUUGUGGACGAGAUUGUGUCGUAUGGGACGUGCCAGUUCCCUACAUUAGGGUUUGUGGUUGACCGGUACAAACGGGUGAAGAACUUUGUGCCCGAAAAGUUCUGGUACAUUUCCACUAGUGUCGAGAAACUGAACCAAACGGUGCUGUUUCUGUGGGCCAAAACCCAUUUUUUUGAUCGGUUGUUUGUGGUGAUGCUCUAUGAGGAAUGCAUGAAAUCAACCCAUGGAACCAUAAAAGGUGUCACCAGAAAACCCACCUCCAACUUCAAGCCGUUCCCUUUGACAACAGUGCUGCUUCAAAAAGACUGUGCCACCUACUUCAAGAUGAGUGCCAAAGAAGCCUUGGAUGCGGCUGAAAAGCUCUAUCAAAGCGGAUGGAUCUCGUAUCCAAGAACCGAAACCGACAUGUUCCCCCCCGAGAUGGACCUCCGAAGUAUCAUACAAACACACACACAAGACUCACGGUGGGGGCAUUAUGCCACCAGUUUGAUGACUGUGGAUGGGAAAUAUGGUAUUCCACGGAAAGGUAGAAACAACGAUAAAUCCCAUCCUCCCAUCCAUCCCGUGAAGUACGUGAACCUUGAAACCAUCACCAACGACAAACAACGCAAGGUGUACGAAUAUGUGGUGCGACGGUUUCUAGCGUGUUGCUCUACAGAUGCCAAAGGGUUUCAAACGGUGGCCGAGCUCCAAUGGGGAAACGAGACGUUUAGAGCCUCGGGUCUUGAAGUCACCGAAAAGAACUAUUUGGAUGUUUACACCUACCGGACCUGGCUGUCGACCGAACAACUCCCGCCUUUUGUAGCAGGAGAGCGGGUCAAUUUGAAGUCCGCUGAAGUUAAAGAAGGUAAAACCUCACCUCCUAAUCAUAUGACCGAAACCGAACUAAUUGCAUUGAUGGAUGCCAAUGGGAUUGGAACCGAUGCCACCAUCGCCGAGCACAUCCACAAAAUAGAACAACGUCUGUAUAUCACCAAGAAGAAGACCGGCAAAAGCCAUAUCAUAUUACCCACCGAGUUGGGAAUGGGGCUCAUUGAAGCCUUCAGCAGUAUCAGCUUCGCCAACAACAUCUCAUUGUCCAAGCCGUUUUUACGAAAAAGACUCGAGCUGCUCUUGAAAGAAAUCGAAGAAGGUCGAGCCACCAAGGAGUUUUCACUAAGGGAAACGAUUCUGCUCUAUAAGAACGCAUUUGCCUUGACGGCAGAGGAGCAGAGCGUGUUGGUGAACGAGUUCAAAAAGUUUCAAACUUGA